AUGGAAUACAAGAAACCGCCAGUGGAUCCAGAUUUAGUGAAAUUUACAGAAAAAAACGACUAUGAUGCAUUGGCUAAAUACUUAGUCGGAAAUAACUACCGCUAUCGUGACAACAUUAUAAUUCCACGAAUAUUAGGCCCCGUCGUUAUAAAAACAAAUGAAGAGAAGAUGAUUGAAGCUGCUGUAGAAAGUUGCCCAUUCAAGUCAAUUACUAGUUGUAUUAUUGGUUAUGGCCUUGGCGCAGCAGUCGGUCUCUUUACAUCAUCCCUAAUGCCUAAUGUCACAGAUCCUAUGGCACAGCAAAAUCAAACAGCAAGAGAAAUUUUAAGGGAGAUGAAAGGAUCUAUGCUUAGUUACGCAAAAAACUUUGCAAUUCUUGGAGCAGUGUUUUCAGGAGUUGAAUGCUGCAUAGAAAGUGCUAGAGGGAAAUCUGAUUGGAAGAAUGGAACAUAUGCUGGUGGCGUAACUGGAGGUCUUAUAGGGUUAAGAGGUGGAUUAAAAGCUGGUUUAUUUGGUGCAGCAGGAUUUGCAGCUUUCUCGACAGUAAUUGACUAUUACAUGCAUCAAAGAGGGUCU